GCACGGUGAGCUCAGCACCCGAGGUAUGAUGGGUGAGUUUUAUACAGAGCUUGUCAUACAGAGGGACAGAAGCAUCAGGGAGCAGGAGACAGCACACAGCCAUCUGAGGUGACCGCCAUAAACCACAUAAACAGAUAAAGAUGAUGAUGAUGAUGCAGCCCGGUCUGGAUAACAGCACCAGACUCAGGAUGAUGCAAGCUCAAGCACUGUGCAAAGAGGCCAGAGGAGAGCAUCUGAACUUGGGUAAGAAGAUCAGCGUCCCUAAAGAUGUGAUGAUGGAGGAGCUGAAUGUUCCAAAUCGUAACCGUGGCUCCCGUAUGUUCCAGGAGAGACAGAAACGAGUGGAGAAGUUCACUCUAGAAAACAACGCUAAGGGUCCCCAGAACAUCAUCAGUGUCCCAACAGAAGCUAUACCCCCAGAACACUUGACACCGGAGCCACAAGUAGGAAAAGAAAACCAGACUCUCCUGAUCCCAGGAAAACAUAGCCUGGUUAUGAACCUCCAGAAGACUGUAGCAAAGAAGGGCAGUCCAGCUGUCCUUGCUCCAGGUUACACUGCGCCUCUAAAGGAAAUUCCUCAUGAAAAGUUCAACACAACAGUGAUCCCCAAAUCUUACUGUUCCCCUUGGAGGGGGGCUCUGGGCAGCAACGAGGAGCUCCUAAACACCCUCAACAUCCAACUGCCCGAACACCCACAGGGGCAACAACCUGCCAACUACAGGAGCUUCAACAGGGCUGCUGUGCCGUUCGGGGGCAUGAUGGCGAGCAGGAGGGUGGUCCCAGUGAUCAGCUUUGAGGCUGUGGAAUCACAGAUGCUGCCAGGAGCUGCUUUAGAGCGCAUGUGCCAAAGGCCCAACUUUAACAGAGCACCCAGGGGAUGGGGCAUCAAUUACAGCCCUGAAUCUAAUGAACUAUGA